AUGGCGACCACGGCGGCUUGUUCAGGGCUUUUGCGGCGCCUUGGCGCUCUCACGGGGCGCCUCAGGCGCGGAACAACGCGGGAGCUCGGUCGGGGUCUUUGGCGAACGGCCCCUUUCCCUCCACCGCCGCCCUCUUUUUUCGCCACGGCACUCCAGCAGCGCAGCCUGAGCGGUGGAGCGCGCCAGGAAGAGGAGGCAACUCAGGCCUUGAAGGCCGCGUCGGGGUACAGGCUCGUGUACACGUGUAAGGUCCGUGAGUUUGUGUGCUUAUAUGUUUGAAAUGAUUGGUGAGGCAAGAGAAAAGGCCGGAUUGGGACCUGCUGCGAGGGAUGGAAACGCAGUGUGGGAGGCGACGGCGUAGCGGCCAUCUUUGCUCCUGGAAAAUUGGCCGGGCCUUUCUUUACCGCGCUUCAUAGUGAUGAGAAUCUAAAUUAAAACCCGAUUAAGAGGGCUGAGGGGCGCAGGGGCUCUUGGAGCAGCGGGCGAAAGAGAAGCCCCUUCCCCAAAACGAAGGAAGCAGCCUAGAUUCGCUUUGGACUACAACGUCCAUCAGUCCCAGCAAGCAAGUCCUGUGUGAUGAGGCUGAUGGGAGUAGUAGUCCAAGUCGCACUUAGGAGGGCGUCCUCUGGUGGAGAAGAGUAGAAAGGAAAGCAGGGAAAGAUUUCUCUGCCCAGAGGGUCAUAUAGUUAAGAGAGAGAGCCUGGGGUAACAAGGCAGGAAUGUUAAUUUUAUUUAUUUGAUAAAAUGUAUACACAGCUUGAUUGUAAAAAUAAAAGUGAUUUACGAAAAAGAUAAAACAAUAAAAAAAUAAAUAAAAAUAACGAUACUUUAAAACUUUGAGAAAGUUAAAAUAACAGUAAGCUACAGGUUAAAACUCAUGACAAUAGGAGCAGUGUGCUGCUUCCAUAGGGAAUACUGGGGUUCAUCUAGCUCAGUGUUGUCUACAGACUGGCAACUGUAGCUUCAGACUUUCAGCAGGAGUUUGUGAAUUUGACAGGGCAGUAAUGCAGAGGGAAGAGGGGGGAUGCUUUCUGCCCACAAUGGUCAAGUUGUUUUUGGGGUUCCCUUUCAGGUGUGUGGGACACGGUCAGCCAAAACCAUUUCCAAGGCAGCAUAUCACCACGGUGUGGUGAUUGUGAAAUGUCCUGGCUGCCAAAACCAUCACAUCAUUGCAGAUAACCUGGGCUGGUUCUCGGACCUGGCUGGGAAAAGGUGAGUGAGCACCACGGCAGGGGUUUGGACUAGAUGACCCUUGGGGUCCCUUCCCACUCUACCAUUCUAUGACUUUUCAGUGGAUCUCUUUCUUCCUGGGUGAGGGUCUGUAUAUUGGUGGUGGAUGGGACUAAAUCCCAUAGUAGGCAGGUUUGCCAAAGUGUGCAUAUUGAUUUUAUUUAUUUGGAGCAUUUGCACCCCACGUUUCAGCCAAAAAAGGCUUACAAUCAACCCACAUAGCCUUACAAUCUAAAAGAACACGGCACAGAAAAGGAGAUGGACAGGAAGAGGGUUGCAUAUCAGGGGGCUAGACUAGAUGACACUUUGGGUCCCUUCUAACUGCAUAGUUCUGUUAUCUAUAUAUGGCUAUGUUUUACCAGAGGUGGUGUGCUUCUGUAUGCCUGUUCCUAAGAAUGACAAGUGGGGAACCUUUUUGGGGUUUUUUCCAUUAGGACAUCUGGCUGGCCACUGUGAGGACAACUGCAGGCCUUUUCCUACAUUCUUGUAGAUAUAGCUUCCUUGGCCUUCAUGGACUAUGUUGAGAAAAGAGUUCUCAUCCUCAGUGUGCAAGAUGGAAACGAUUUAAAAAUUGAGGGUUGUGUAUUUAACAUCAGUCAUGCUCAGGAUAAGCCCACUGAAAUUAAUGGAUCUACUCUCUUAAGUUUUAGAAUCAUUCAUGGUUGUAUCCAACAACCCACCAAGCAUUAUUGAAUACAUGUGCAUGGGUUGUUGUUUCACACUGUCCCCCGCCCCCCCCCCCCCCGCCAAGAGCAUAAGAAGAACCUUCUGGAUCAGGUCAAAGGGGACCCAUAUAGUUCUGCCUCCUGUCUUCACAAUGGCCAACCAGAUGUCCAUAAUGGGAAACUUGUACACAGAAUUUGAGCUCAGUAACUCACCCUGCUCCUGUGGCUUCCAGCAUCUGGUAUCCAAGAAGCGUUGCUGCCUCCAUCAUGCAGAGCCAUUAGCCAUUGAUAGCUCUCUCCUCCUAUGAAUUUGGCUCAUCCUUUUUUAAAGCACCCAAGUUGCUGGCUAUCACUUGCCUCCUGUGGGAGUGAGUUCCACAACUGUGGAUGUGAUGCCUGAAGAAUCAUAGAAUCAUAGAGUUGGAAGAGACCACAAGGGCCAUCGAGUCCAACCCCCUGCCAAGCAGGAAACACCAUCAGAGCACUCCUGACAUAUGGUUGUCAAGCCUCUGCUUAAAGACCUCCAAAGAAGGAGACUCCACCACACUCCCUGGCAGCAAAUUCCACUGUCGAACAGCUCUUACUGUCAGGAAGUUCUCCCUAAUGUUUAGGUGGAAUCUUCUUUCUUGUAGUUUGGAUCCAUUGCUCCGUGUCCGCUUCUCUGGAGCAGCAGAAAACAACCUUUCUCCCUCCUCUAUGUGACAUCCUUUUAUAUAUUUGAACAUGGCUAUCAUAUCACCCCUUAACCUCCUCUUCUCCAGGCUAAACAUGCCUAGCUCCCUUAGCCGUUCCUCAUAAGGCAUCGUUUCCAGGCCUUUGACCAUUUUGGUUGCCCUCCUCUGGACACGUUCCAGUUUGUCAGUGAAGAAGAACUUUGUUUUAUCUCAGAGUGGCUGGGGAAACCCAGCCAGAUGGCCGGGGUAUAAAUAAAUUACACUGGUCAACAACAAAUUUGUUGUCUGGAUUUUUUUCAGCUGAUUUAGGACGAAUCUGAUGCGCUGAAUCCAAAAAUCACAUUGGUUUUGCUCAAUCAAGUCAAGUUUUUGAGCUAUGGCCACAUACCGUUUUUUUACGUUUUUGUUCACAUGUACGCUUGUGUGGAGCAUUUUAGAAGAAGUUGGUGGGGGUAAAAUGCCAUGUUGAUUAAUUGUUUUGAUUGGAAAUGAUUAUUUUAAUGACAAGAAGUAUUCAGGUCCGAUAGUUCUGUGUGAUUAUGUCGAAAAGGGAUCAGUUUGAAGUCAUAAAACCUCAAAAUAUUCCAUAAAUUGGUGCUCAGCAUUACACGAAGAAGGACUGGCUUGUGCGGGAGGAAUUGGUGCCUUGCAGAAAAAGGAACGUCAUCAACGCCCCUUUGGUGGACAGAGACAGAAAACUCUUCCCACCGCUGCACAUCAACCUCGGCUUAAUCAAGCAGUUCACCAAGGCUCUGGACAAGGAUGGUGACUGCUUCACUUACUUGUGCCAGGCUUUUCCAGGACUGACCAUGGAGAAGUUGAAAGCUGACAUCUUUGACGGUCCUCAGAUCUGUCAGCUCAUCAGAGAUCCAGAGUUCGGAAACUCAGUGAACAAAGUGGAACUGGAAGCAUGGAAGGCAUUUGUUCUGGUAGUGAAGAACUUUCUUGGCAACGAUAAGGCCAGAAACUACGCAGAACUUAUCAACAACAUGCUGACUGCUUUCAGAAACCUGGGCUGCAACACGAGCGUCAAGAUGCACUACCUAUUUUCACAUAUGGACCAGUUUCCUGAGAAACUGGGUUCAAUGAGUGACGAGCAGGGGGAGAGAUUCCAUCAGGACAUGAAAGAGAUGGAGACCAGGUAUCAGGGUCGCUGGGACGCAGUCAUGAUGGCUGACUACUGUUGGACUCUGAAGAGAGACCUCCCUGCCGCUGAGCAUUCCAGGAGUUCCAAGAAACGAAAGUUCAAGCCUCGAAGUUUGAAAAACGGUGAAGCAACAUGCAAUUUACCUGUACUUACCUUUAUCAAUGCCCACCAUUCAGUUUACAGUAAUCAAUGUUUCUAUCAGGUAAUCAAUAUAUGUUGUUGGAAAAACAUUUUUUCUCUUAAAAACAUAUUUAGGAUGAUAUGUGUUGACAAAAAUCAGCUGAUAAUGCCACAAAAAUGUAAUCGAUUUUGUCACAAGAUCUGAUUUUUUUAAAACCAACAUAGCACAAAAACCUGACCUGAUGGAGAGAAAUGGAUGCCAUUUCCUGAUUCAGCAGUGCAAAAAUACCCUAAAUCAGUUGUAGAAAUCCAGACAACAUUCAAAAAGUAAAAAAUUGUUGCCCAGUGUUGUUGUUGUUGUUGUUGUUGUUGUUGUUGUUGUUGUUAUCUGCCCUAGCCUUAUUUUUCUGUGCUUCUAUGACUGUAUAAACACAGAUUCUCCCUCACGCACACAUGUAAUGCAAGUGGGCUGGGCUCAAAAUUGGCGACCAUUUUGCUAAAAAGGCAUAUUUUGCUGUGAUAAAUGUUAGUCUGUUACAGGUAACAUUUUCAGUUGCCGCUGCUCCCAUUUUACAUAUAGAGAAUGGAGGCGUGAGAGGGUGAUACCCCCAGUUCAGCAGACUUUUGCCCCACUUCAAACUCGGACUGCCAGUUUCUGCCCUGGGUGGGGCUGCUGCCUCUUUAAUAAAACCUUUGCUUGUUUUGCAAUGCAGGAACGUGGAGGAAAUCCUCGCAGCUAGGGGGGAGAAAGUUAGGCGUGUGGCUGGUGAAGAUGCCUGGGAAAUCCUGUUGGAGGACCCUCAGCAGACAGGAACGUCAGAUCAGCCUCCCGACGGAGAUGCAGGAGGACGUUGA